GUUGCCCCAUGCUCCACAGCAUGGGUGUUGGCCGGAGGAAGCUGGUCCCAUUCUGGGUCCUAGCCCUGGCCCUGACUUGCAGUCAACACACAGGCCAGGCCCAUCAGGACACUCUGAAAUCUGCCCAAGAGCCUCACUCUGACUUCUCUCUCCUUCAAAGGCAUGAUGCUGUCCCACUCCAUGGGGUGACCAUCAUCCCACCUCUGAAGACCAUCCCCGUGGUACAAGCUCUCAACCCAGCACAUACCGGGAGGGUGUGCAGCACAUGGGGCGACUUCCACUACAAGACCUUUGAUGGCCAGGUCUUCCGCUUCCCUGGCCUCUGCAACUAUGUCUUCUCUGCACACUGUGGGGAUGCCUAUGAGGACUUCAAUGUCCAGCUACGCCGUGCCCGGGAGUCUAAUUCCACCACUCUGAGCAGGGUCAUCAUGAAGCUCGACGGCCUAGUUGUUGAGCUGACCAAGAGCUCCAUAUUAGUCAACAACCACCCGGUCCAGCUGCCCUUCAGUCAGUCUGGGGUCCUCAUUGAGCUCAGCAGCGGCUACCUGAAGGUGGUGGCCAGGCUGGGCCUGGUCUUCGUGUGGAAUGAUGACGACAGUCUCCUGCUGGAGUUGGACACCAAAUACACCAACAAGACUUGUGGUCUCUGUGGAGACUUCAAUGGCAGUCCAGAGUCCAGUGAGUUCCUCUCUCACAAUGUUAGACUGACACCUCUUGAGUUUGGGAACCUCCAGAAGAUGGACGGCCCCACAGAGCAGUGCCAGGACCCCCUCCCUGUGCCCCAGAAGAACUGCUCCACCAAAUCUGGCAUCUGUGAAGAGAUCCUGAAAAGUCAGCUGUUCUCAGACUGCUCGGCCCUAGUGGACAUCAGCAGCUACCUGGAGGCUUGCAGGCAGGACCUCUGUCUCUGUGAGAGCCCCGACCUGUCCAGCUGUAUCUGCCAAACUGUGGCUGAAUACUCCCGGCAGUGUGCCCAUGCUGGAGGAAAGCCCCAGGACUGGCGGGGUCCCAACCUCUGCUCUCAGACAUGCCCCCUCAACAUGCAACACCAGGAAUGUGGCUCACCCUGUGUGGACACCUGCUCCAACCCCCAGCGCUCCCAGGUCUGUGAGGAUCACUGUAUUGCUGGAUGCUUCUGUCCUAAGGGAAUGGUGCUUGAUGACAUCAACCAGACAGGCUGUGUUCCCGUGUCCCAGUGUGCCUGCCUGUACAAUGGGACGUCUUAUGCGCCUGGUACCAAUUACUCUACUGACUGCACCAAGUGCACAUGCUCUGGAGGGCGGUGGAGCUGCCAGGAGAUCCCGUGCCCUGGCACCUGCUCCGUGCUGGGAGGCUCCCACUUCUCCACAUUUGAUGAAAGGCAGUACACAGUGCAUGGGGAUUGCAGCUACGUGCUGAGCAAGCCCUGUGACAGCAAUAUCUUCACUGUGCUGGCUGAGCUUCGAAAGUGUGGACUGACAGACAGCGAGACUUGUCUGAAGAGUGUGACGCUGAGCCUGGGUGGGGGGCAGACGGUGGUCAUGGUAAAAGCCACUGGAGAGGUCUUUGUGAACCAGAUUUAUACCCAGCUGCCGGUGUCUACAGCCAAUGUUACCCUCUUCCGGCCUUCAACCUUCUUCAUCAUUGCCGAGACCCACGUGGGUCUGCAGCUUGAGAUCCAGCUGGUGCCCCUCAUGCAGGUGUUUGUGCGGCUGGCACCUGAGCUCAGGGGUCUAACCUGCGGGCUCUGUGGGAAUUUCAACAGUAUCCAGGCCGACGAUUUCCAGACCAUCAGUGGGGUUGUGGAGGGCACAGCAGCCGCCUUCUUCAACACCUUCAAGACCCAGGCGGCUUGUCCGAACGUCAAGAAUAUCUUUGAGGACCCCUGCUCUCUCAGCGUGGAGAAUGAGAAGUAUGCUCAGCACUGGUGUUCUCAGCUGACUGAUGCCAGCGGCCCAUUUUCCAAGUGCCACACCACUGUGAACCCCAGCACCUACUACUCGAACUGCAUGUUUGACACGUGCAACUGUGAGAAGAGCGAGGACUGCAUGUGUGCCGCCCUGUCCUCCUAUGUGCAUGCCUGUGCCGCCAAAGGGGUGCUGCUCAGUGGCUGGAGAGACGGCGUCUGCACAAAGCCUACAACUACCUGCCCCAAGUCGAUGACCUACCAAUACCACAUCAGCACCUGCCAGCACACCUGUCGAGCUCUGAAUGAGGAAGAUGUCACCUGCCAUGUCAACUUCAGCCCUGUAGAUGGCUGCACCUGCCCUGCAGGCACCUUCCUGGAUGAUUCAGGCAAAUGUGUGCAGGCCAGCAGCUGUCCCUGCUACCACAGGGGAUCCACAGUUCCCAACGGCGAGUCUGUGCAUGAGAGUGGGGCCGUUUGCACCUGCACCCAAGGGACACUGACCUGCAUCGGAGGUCCUGCCCCGACUCCAGUGUGUGCUGCACCCAUGAUCUAUUCUGACUGCCGCAAUGCCACAUCUGGGGACACUGGAGCUGGAUGUCAGAAGAGCUGUCACACCCUGGACAUGACCUGUUACAGCUCUGAGUGCGUGCCUGGCUGCGUGUGCCCGGACGGGUUGGUGGCAGAUGGUAAUGGAGGCUGUGUUGCUGCUGAGGACUGUCCUUGUGUGCACAACGAGGCCACUUAUAGGCCUGGGGAGACCAUCCAAGUGGGCUGCAACAACUGCACCUGUGAGAACAGGAUGUGGCGGUGCACAGACAAGCCUUGCCUGGCCACCUGUGCUGUGUACGGGGAUGGCCACUACAUCACUUUCGAUGGGCAGCGAUACAGCUUCAGUGGGAACUGCGAGUACACGCUGCUGCAGGACCACUGUGAUGGGAACGGCAGCUUCCAGGAUGCCUUUCGUGUUGUCACUGAGAACAUCCCCUGUGGUACCACAGGAACCACUUGCUCCAAGGACAUCAAGAUCUUCCUGGGGAACUAUGAGCUGAAGCUGGCCGACGGCAAGGUGGAGGUGGUCCAGAAGGGCCUCGGGCAGGAGCCCCCCUGCUAUGUCCACCAGAUGGGCAUCUACCUGGUGGUGGAAACUGACGCUGGCCUGGUGCUUCAGUGGGACAGGAAGACCAGCAUCUUUCUCAGACUCAGCCCUGAGUUCAAGGGCAAGGUCUGUGGCCUGUGUGGGAAUUUUGACGACAAUGCCAUCAACGACUUCACCACGCGCAGCCAGUCUGUGGUUGGUGACAUGCUGGAGUUUGGAAACAGCUGGAAGUUCUCCCCAUCCUGCCCAGAUGCCCUGGUGUCCAAGGACCCCUGCACUGCCAACCCUUACCGCAAGUCCUGGGCCCAGAAGCAAUGCAGCAUCAUCAACAGCGCGACCUUUGUUACCUGCCACGCCCAUGUGGAGCCUGCCAAGUACUAUGAAGCCUGUGUGAGUGACGCGUGUGCCUGCGACUCAGGGGGUGACUGCGAGUGUUUCUGCACUGCUGUGGCUGCCUAUGCCCAGGCCUGCCACGAGGUGGGCGUGUGUGUGUCCUGGAGGACACCGGACAUCUGCCCGCUCUUCUGUGACUACUACAACCCAGAGGGUCAGUGUGAGUGGCACUACCAGCCGUGUGGGGCCCCCUGCAUGCGCACCUGCCAGAACCCUAGUGGAGACUGCCUACAAGAUCUUCGUGGCCUAGAAGGCUGCUACCCCAAGUGUCCACCAACAGCCCCCAUCUUUGAUGAGGGCACGAUGCAGUGUGUGUCCAACUGUACAGACAACCCCCACUCACGUCUACCACCCUGCCGCAUCAAUGGGAAGUCGUACCGAGCAGGUGCGACGGUACCUUCAGACAAGAACUGCCAUUCCUGCAUUUGCACAAAGAAUGGUGUGAGCUGUAGCUACAAUGUUUCUGCCUGUGUCUGUACCUACAGUGGGCAGGACUUCCAUCAUGGGGAAGUCAUCUACAACACGACAGAUGGCAUGGGAGGCUGUAUCUCUGCACACUGCGGGGCUAACGGCACCAUUGAAAGGAUUACCGACGCCUGCAGCCCCACCACUCCCGUGCCCCCGACCACGUUCUCCUUCUCCACACCAGUUGUCAUGACCUCAGUGCCACCCUCCAGUACACAUCCCAGCCCUACCCUGAGUGUUGUGUACACAGGGUCCCCAAGCAGGGCUGUACCAACAACCAGCAGCAUGCUGUCUAUCGAGACCCCUGCCACAGCCUCUACCUUGACCGAAUCUACGACAGCCUCCACCUUAACCAUGCCAGGCUGCGAGGAGGAGUGCUCCUGGUCUCCCUGGAUGGAUGCCAGCCGUCCUGGACGUGGCAUUGACGGUGGUGACUUUGACACUCUGGAGAACCUCCGUGCCCAUGGCUACCAGAUCUGCCAAGUGCCCAGGGAAGUGGACUGCCGUGCUGAGGCUACCCCCGAGGUGCCGCUUCAUGCCCUAGGGCAGCGUGUGGAGUGCAGUACAACUGCAGGGCUGACCUGUCACAACAAGGAUCAGGUGUCAGGGAUCUGUGACAACUACCAGAUCAGAAUUCUGUGCUGCACCCCCAUCAGCUGUCCAGCCUCCAGUGGUCCUACCCAGACCACCCAUUUGAUAACCUCCAGGACAACGACAACGGGGACCACAACCUCUUCAGCCCCUAUCACCUCCCUUGACCACACAGAGAGCACGGUGAUGUCAGGUGCCUCUACCCAUGCACCAGGUCCUUUCCCCUCUUCCUCACAUCCUUCUCCAUCAGCUCCAAGGCCCUCCACCCCUGGCCCAGCUAGUUCUACCACAGUUAAGACAACUCUGUCAACUACUAGCCCAACGCCAGAACCAACUUCAGCCACAUCAUCUGUGACCGUAUCAACUUCAGGGUCCACCAGGGCUUCUCUGGAGACUACCCAUGAAUGCAAACAGGAGCACUGCAGUUGGACUGAUUGGAUAGAUAGCAGCUACCCUGGGCCUGGCAGAAACAGUGGAGAUUUUGACAGCUUCGUAAACCUGAGAGCCAAAGGCUACAAGUUCUGUGAAAAGCCACAAAAUGUUGAGUGCAGGGCUCAGUUCUUUCCCAACACACCCCUGGAGGAGCUGGGCCAGGACGUAACCUGCAACCGAGAGGAAGGCUUGAUCUGUCUGAACAAGAACCAGCUGCCACCCAUUUGUUAUAACUACGAGAUCCGGAUACAGUGUUGCACAGUGGUGGACAUGUGCUCCACUGCUUCAGCUGCCACUCAUCCUACCCCACAUGAAGUAAGCACGAAAACCAAGACCAAAGGAACCACAAGCUUGCGUUCCUCCUCCACCACCGGCACCAGUACUCACACAGCAAUGACACACACAAAGACCUUGGCCACAGAGAGUCCACACAUGGUCACCGAGCCAGUGACUACCCAAUGCCAGCCCCAGUGCAACUGGACCAAAUGGUUUGACACUGACUUCCCAGUGCCCGGGCCACAUGGAGGGGACCUGGAAACCUACAGCAACAUCCUGAGGAAGGGAGAGAGCAUCUGUCACCGGCCAGAGGAGAUCACACAGCUGGAAUGCAGGGCUGAGAAUCACCCUGAGGUGCGGCUGGAGGAUCUGGGUCAGGUGGUGCAGUGCGACCCCACAGUGGGCCUGGUGUGCAGGAACCGGGACCAGCAGGACAUCUCCGGGAUGUGCCUCAACUAUGAGGUGCGAGUCCUGUGCUGCCGCGUGCCUGAAGGCUGCCCUGAGACCACACGUGCCGCUCCUGCCAGCUCUCCAGGUGAGACUGUCACCAGUUCAGUGCCUGGCACCACUUCUGUUCAUAGAGCAAUCAGCACGUCCAUGCCUCAAACCAGGACAACCACUGUGCAGACAGCCAGCACCACCUCCACACCCCAAACCAGCUCACCCUUCAUAGAAAAAUCCAGCACCACCUCUGGGCAGACCAUUUCCACCAGAGACACCAGAACCACCUCUGUGCAGACAGCCAGCACCACCUCCACACCCCAAACAAGCUCACCCUCUAUAGCAACAGUGAGCUCUACCCUCAAAACUCAGACCAGUUCAACCUCUACAGAAAUAACCAGUACCACCUCUGGGCAACCAGCCAGAACCACCUCCACAUCUCCAACCAGUGCAGUCUCUGGGCAAACAAUCAGAAUAGUGUCCACCAGGGACACCAGCACCACCUCUGAGCAGACAGCCAGGACCACAUCCACACCCCAAACCAGCUCACCCUUCCUAGAAAAUUCUAGCACUACCGCUGGGCAGACGGCCAAUACUAUUUCUGCCAGAGACACAAGAACCACCUCUGGGCAGACAGCCAGCACCACCUCCAUACCCAAACCCAAACCAAGUUCUGAGCCUUCAGACAGUACUACCUUCAAACCCCAAACAAGCUCAACACUUAUAGGACAUUCCAGAACAACCUCUGGACAGACAGCCAGCACCAUGUCCACCAGAGACACUAGCAUCACCUCUGAGCAGACAGCCAGCACAACCCCCUUGUAUAAACCCAGACCAACCUCUGGGCAGCCAGCCAGAACCACCUCCACACCUCGAACCAGUGCAGUCUCUGGGCAAACAGUCAGCAGAGUGUCCACCAGGGACACCAGCACCAUCUCUGAGCAGACAGCCAGGACCACAUCCACACCCCAAACAAGCUCACCCUUCAUAGAAAAAUCCAGCACCACCUCUGGGCAGACCAUUUCCACCAGAGACACCAGAACCACCUCUGUGCAGACAGCCAGCACCACAUCCACACCCCAAACAAGCUCACCAUUUGUAGAAAAAUCCAGCACUACCGCUGGGGAGACAGCCAGCACCACCUCCAUACCUGGAUCAAGUUCAACAUCUAAAGGAAAAGUCAGCACCACCACCAAACCCCAAACCAGCUCAAUUUCUGAGCACACAGCCACCACCAUGUCUACCAAGGGCACCAGCGCCACCUCAGAGCAGACAGCAAGUACCAUCAACAUACCCCAAACAAGAUCACCUUCUACAGCAACACCAGCCAGCACCAUGUCUACCAGGGACACCACAACCACUUCUGAGCAGCCAGCCAGCACGACAUCCAUGGGAAGAACCAGCACCACCUCUGUGCCUGCAACCAGAGCCACCUCGGCUGCUCUGAGCACCACAGGCGCUAGGCCUCAUCCCGGGACGACUUCGUCCCCACUGACCACCCAAUGCCAGCCCCAGUGCAACUGGACCAAAUGGUUUGACACUGACUUCCCAGUGCCCGGGCCACAUGGAGGGGACCUGGAAACCUACAGCAACAUCCUGAGGAAGGGAGAGAGCAUCUGUCACCGGCCAGAGGAGAUCACACAGCUGGAAUGCAGGGCUGAGAAUCACCCUGAGGUGCGGCUGGAGGAUCUGGGUCAGGUGGUGCAGUGCGACCCCACAGUGGGCCUGGUGUGCAGGAACCGGGACCAGCAGGACAUCUCCGGGAUGUGCCUCAACUAUGAGGUGCGAGUCCUGUGCUGCCGCGUGCCUGAAGGCUGCCCUGAGACCACACGUGCCGCUCCUGCCAGCUCUCCAGGUGAGACUGUCACCAGUUCAGUGCCUGGCACCGCUUCUGUUCAUAGAGCAAUCAGCACGUCCAUGCCUCAAACCAGGACAACCAUUGUGCAGACAGCCAGCACCACCUCUACACCCCAAACCAGCUCACCCUUCAUAGAAAAAUCCAGCACCACCUCUGGGCAGACCAUUUCCACCAGAGACACCAGAACUACCUCUGGGCAGACAGCCAGCACCACCUCCAUACCUAAACCCAAACCAAGUUCUGAGCCUUCAGACAGUACUACCUUCAAACCCCAAACAAGCUCAACACUUAUAGGACAUUCCAGAACAACCUCUGGACAGACAGCCAGCACCAUGUCCACCAGAGACACUAGCAUCACCUCUGAGCAGACAGCCAGCACAACCCCCUUGUAUAAACCCAGACCAACCUCUGGGCAGCCAGCCAGAACCACCUCCACACCUCGAACCAGUGCAGUCUCUGGGCAAACAGUCAGCAGAGUGUCCACCAGGGACACCAGCACCAUCUCUGAGCAGACAGCCAGGACCACAUCCACACCCCAAACAAGCUCACCCUUCAUAGAAAAAUCCAGCACCACCUCUGGGCAGACCAUUUCCACCAGAGACACCAGAACCACCUCCACACCCCAAACAAGCUCACCAUUUGUAGAAAAAUCUAGCACUACCGCUGGGGAGAUGGCCAGUACUAUUUUCACCAGGGACACCAGGACCACCUCUGUGCAGACAGCCAGCACCACCUCCAUACCUGGAUCAAGUUCAACAUCUAAAGGAAAAGUCAGCACCACCACCAAACCCCAAACCAGCUCAAUUUCUGAGCACACAGCCACCACCAUGUCUACCAAGGGCACCAGCGCCACCUCAGAGCAGACAGCAAGUACCAUCAACAUACCCCAAACAAGAUCACCUUCUACAGCAACAGUGAGCUCUACCCUCAAAACGCAGACCAGUUCAACCUCUACAGAAAAUACCAGUACCACCUCUGGGCAUACAGCUAGCACCGUGCCCAUCAGAGACACCACAACCACUUCUGAGCAUACAGCCAGCACGACAUCCGUGGGAAGAACCAGCACCACCUCUGUGCCUGCAACCAGAGCCACCUCAGCUCCUCUGAGCACCACAGGCACUGAGCCUCAUCCUGGGACAACUUCCUCCCCACUGACCACCCACUGCCAGCCCCAGUGCAACUGGACCAAGUGGCUUGACACUGACUUUCCGGUGCCUGGGCCACAUGGAGGGGACCUGGAAACCUACAGCAACAUCCUGAGGAAGGGAGAGAGCAUCUGUCACCGGCCAGAGGAGAUCACACAGCUGGAAUGCAGGGCUGAGAAUCACCCUGAGGUGCGGCUGGAAGAUCUGGGUCAGGUGGUGCAGUGCGACCCCACAGUGGGCCUGGUGUGCAGGAACCGGGACCAGCAGGACAUCUCCGGGAUGUGCCUCAACUAUGAGGUGCGAGUCCUGUGCUGCCGCGUGCCUGAAGGCUGCCCUGAGACCUAUUGGACUCCCCCUGUGACCACACCCCUCAAGCCCUCAUUUCCAUUUGUGUCACCCUCAUCUGUGUCCCCAUUAUCAUCAUCGAGCCCUGCUGUACAAUUUACCACUCCUUGUGUGUGCAACGUGUCAGGCCAACUAUAUCCUAUCGGAUCCAUGAUCUACAAUAAGACAGAUCUGGACGGACAUUGUUACUAUGCCUAUUGCAACCUGACCUGCCAGGUGGACAGAGGGGUUAGUAAAGACUGUCCUUCCACCAUGCCGACCCCUGCAACAGCUCUGUCCACCUCUACAUCUCCUAUCGUCCCUGUCACCGAGAGGGAUCGUUGCAAUGUGUUCCCUCCCAGAAUGAAAGGGGAGACCUGGCCCAUGCCUAAUUGCUCCCAAGCCACCUGUGAGGGCAACAAUGUGGUCUCCCUAAGUCCACGCCAGUGCCCAGAGAUGAAGGCACCAUCUUGUGCCAACGGCUACCCACCCCUGAAGGUGGAUGACCAGGACGGUUGCUGCCAGCACUACCAGUGCCAGUGUGUUUGCAGCGGCUGGGGUGAUCCCCACUACAUCACAUUUGAUGGCACCUACUACAGUUUUCUGGAUAACUGCACAUACGUGUUGGUGCAGCAGAUCGUGCCUGUGUUUGGACCCUUCCGUGUGCUCAUUGACAACUACUUCUGUGACCUGGGAGACAGUGUUUCCUGCCCGCAGUCCAUCAUCGUGGAGUACCACCAGGACCGGGUGGUGCUGACCCGCAGGCCAGUUGACGGGAUCAUGACCAACCAGGUGGGCAUGCCUCUGUGUGUGUGUGUGUGUGUGUAUGGGGUUGUGGCAGGCUUGGUCUGGGUUGGAGACCUAUCUAAACGACCUGCUGUCUGUAUCCAGAUCAUCUUCAACAACAAGGUAGUGAAUCCAGGCUUCCAGCAGAAUGGCAUUGUCGUCUCCCGUGUGGGUGUUAAGAUGUACGUUACCAUUCAGGAGAUUGGUGUCCAGGUCAUGUUUUCAGGCCUCAUCUUCUCUGUUGAGGUGCCCUUCAACCUGUUCGCCAACAACACAGAGGGCCAGUGCGGCACUUGCACCAACGACAAGAAGGAUGAGUGCCGCCUGCCUGGAGGGGCAGUAACCUCUUCUUGUUCUGAGAUGGCCGGCCACUGGAAGGUGCCCGACCAGCCUGCCUGCCAAGGGCCUCCUCCAACACCAGCUUCAGUGGUACCCAGUCCUUCACCGACCCCAUGUCCGUCAUCACCACUCUGUCAGCUCAUCCUAAGCAACGUCUUCCAGUCCUGCCACCCUGUCAUUCCUCCCCUGCCGUUCUACGAAGGCUGCUUGUUCGACACCUGCCACGGCGUGGACUGGGAGGUGGUGUGCUCAAGCCUGGAGCUCUACGCGACACUCUGUGCCGCCAAAGGCCAGUGCAUCCCCUGGAGAAGCCACACCAACAACACCUGUCCCUUCACCUGUUCUGAUAACAAAGUAUACAAGCCAUGUGGCCCAACCAACCCUCACUACUGCUAUAGGAAUGACGACAUCAGCACCAGCUUGAUCCUUCAAGAAGCUGGCUCCUUCUCAGAGGGCUGCUUCUGUCCGGAUAACACAACACUUUUCAGCACUAAUGAUUCAGUCUGCGUGCCUUCCUGCCAAUGGUGUCUGGGGCCUCAUGGAGAACCUGUGGAGCCCGGCCACAGCAUCAGCAUCGAUUGCCAGGACUGUGUCUGCAAGGGCGGCACGCUGACCUGCCAAAGGAAGUCCUGUCCCCAGACCACCUGUCCAGAGCCUGGCUUUGUGCCGGUGCCCAAAGCCCUGCAGGCUGGCCAGUGUUGUUCCCAGUUCAGCUGUGUCUGCAACUCCAGCUACUGCCCUCCUCCUCUGCACUGCCCGGAGAAUUCUAGCCUGCUGGUCGUCUACGAGGAAGGAGCUUGCUGCCCACGACAAAACUGCAGCAGUCAGAAGGGCUGUGAAGUCAACGGGAUUCUCUAUCAGCCCGGUGCUGUGAUCUCCUCCAGUCUGUGUGAAACAUGUGUGUGCCAGGCGCCCAGCAAUCCCCAUUCAGAUGUCUUUGUGGUCAACUGUAAGAAUGAGUUCUGCAACACCCAAUGUCCUAAGGGCUCCGCGUACCAGCCCGAGCCAGGACAGUGUUGUGGGCGGUGUGUGCCGAAGGCCUGCUCCUUUAAACACAGCAACAGCUCUGUCACCUAUUACCUUCCUGGGGAGUCCUGGCCAGAACCUGGGAACAACUGUGUGACUCAUAAGUGUGAGAAUUUCCAAGAUACACUCACGGUUGUGACAAUGAAGAUGGAGUGCCCCAAAAUCAACUGUCCACUGGGCCAGGCUCAGCUGAGAGAAGACGGUUGCUGCUAUGACUGUCCCAAAACCCAGCAGAAAUGUGCCGUACACCAAAGACAGCAGAUCAUCCGUCAGCAAAACUGUAGCUCCGAGGGGCCAGUGAGCCUCUCCUACUGCCUGGGCAACUGCGGGGACAGCACCUCCAUGUACUCCCUGGAGGCCAACACCGUGGAGCACAAGUGUGAGUGCUGCCAGGAGCUGCAGACCUCCCAGAGGAAUGUGACUCUGCACUGUGAUGACGGCUCCAGCCGCACCUUCAGCUACACCCAGGUUGAGAAGUGCGGCUGCCUGGGCCAGCGCUGCCAUGCUCCAGGUGACACGAGCUACCCAGAGUCCUCAGAAUCAGAGUUCAAGUCCCAGGGAAGUAAGGGACACGGCCAGCAGUAAGCACUCAGGGCCAGCAAGGAGGUGCUUGGGCUUUCCCAGAGCUGAGCGGCACUGCUGUCCCAACACGCCACCCAAAGUCCUCCCGAGGCCAGCAGGACAUGCGCUGCUUGUUCAAGUGGCUUGAAUUCCAGACCUGCUGCCUGCCCACCACUUCCUCUUCAGGAGGGACAUGGACCCCAGCUGUCCUUGGGGUGGGAGCAGUCCUAUCCAGCGAUUAGGAGCGUAAGGGCACCGGGCUCCUUUGGAAAAACUUCAGGAUCCCAUGAAGGAUGCGAGUGUCACCUGCUUGGCCUCUCUCUCACCUCAGCCCUGUACCUGUGCCCCCUUUCAGGA